AUGAAAUUUUUCUUUUCAUGCGGUUAUGGAUGGAUCAUUGUGAUUGCAUCAUUUGCUGCAAAUCUGUUAGUUGAUGGAAUCAUAUUUACAACUGGGCAAACACUUCUUGGAAUAUGGGAAAAUGAUUUUCAAACGACGGCUAUGGCAGCUUCUUGGGCGCAGUCGCUUCUUGGCGGCUGCUAUUUGCUUGCUGGGCCAUUGGCAAGUGCGUUGGCAAAUCACUUUGGCUGUCGAUUAGUUUGCAUAAUCGGCGCUGUACUGGCAUUUACUGGAUUUACAUUAUCAGCACUCGUACCCGCACUGCCUAUAUUAUAUUUCACUUUUGGAGUACUUGGAGGUGUUGGCUUUGGUCUCGUUUAUCUGCCUGCAAUCGUUAUUGUUAAUCAGUAUUUCGAAAAGCGACGGGCACUUGCACUUGGUAUCGCUGUUUGUGGUUCAGGUAUCGGCACCACUAUAUUCUCACAGGUUUUUCCAUUUUUAUUGCGUUUGAAUGGUCAAAAUUGGCGAACGUUUCUCGUUAAUGUGGCGUUUAUAAAUUUGCUAUGCAUACCAUGCGGUUUAUGUUUUAGAAAUUUACAACCAAAUGAAAUGCAAAUUGAGGAGGUUACAAAAAUAGCAAUGGCUUAUCAUGAGUCACAUCCAGAUGCAAACAAAAAAUGCAAUUUGACGUCAUCAAGUGAACGCUUAAAAAGUCCUCAUAUUGCUGGUGGUAUUCCUAUAGAGAGAUUUGCCUCAAGCGAGCAAGUUGGAAAUAAAUAUUCAUCUCAAAAUCGACCUUUUUUGUCGUCGAUUGAGCUAAACGCUGCAAAAAGAAGUGAUAGAAAUGUGUGGUCUCAAGAACGAUUAGUGAAAACUGUUAGCAAAGAAAGUUUAAUGGAAGUUAAUAAACCUCUUUCUCGAAUGGACAUAUUUUAUUCUGGAUCAGUAACCAAUCUUUCUCGUAGAUUUACGAAUUCACAUGUAAAAAAUCAGGACAAUGGUGGGAAUCGAUCACCGUAUCUCAGUAACUUAGCUCUUAGCACGGAAUGUGUAAGUGGUGGUGGUGUAAAAUGGACGCGAGGAGUUCAAAUGGCACUUAAAUCACUGCUUGAUUUUUCAUUGUUGAAGAGUAUCACAUUUAUUGUGUUGAAUAUCGGAGGGUUUUUGACAACAUGCUGCUUAUUUGUACCGUUCUUAUAUCUUGGUGAAAAGUCGAGUUCAAUUGGCACGUCACUGGACGAACAAUCAUACUUACUUUUAUCGCUUGGAUUAAUUAAUAUUUUUGCUCGAAUACUCUGCGGAAUAAUAUCUGAUCUACCGUCAGUCGAUCCACUGAUGGUUUCAAAUCUAGCCGUUAUUGCUGGCGGGAUCGCAACAAUGCUUGUACCUUUAUUCACUCACUAUUGGAUGUAUUUGGCUUAUACAGUACCGUUUGCCCUCGCGAUUGCAUGUUUUUCUGCUUUACGAUCAGUAAUCUGUGUGGAACUUCUCGGUCUUGAACGUCUUUCCAGUGCAUUCGGAAUAGUAUUGUUAUUUAUGGGUUUUGCAGCGUUAACGGGUCCACCUCUAGCAGCUGCAAUCAAAGAUUUCACUGGCGAUUUUGAUGCUUCAUUUUAUACAAUGGGAUCACUAAUGGCAAUAAGUGGAAUUAUAUGCCUACCGUUACGCCGCCUAAACGCUUAUGAAGUGAAACGAUCCAAUAAAAAUUCAAAUUUCCAUAAUGAAUCCGAAUUACAAAUGUUGAAUGUAAAUUCUGUUAAUGCCUCAUGA